AUCAGACGUGGCACAGGGCCUGGGAGAAUCAGGCCAGCAACCCAGGCCUAUCCUAUAGGAGUGGUUGCUGUCCCUUUAAAUGUGUUUGCUGAAUGGGCUUCUGUUUUUAUUGGCUGCCCAUAGUCACACCCAGAGAGAAGAGGAAAGACGGCUAAGACAGCCAGAGAAUCAGUAUGUGAAAGAGCAACACAAACUGCCUGCAAAGGGAGCUUUUUGCUAAACACCUAUUACAGGUUAGACCAGUUCAGCCAGACAGGAAGAGGGGGCCACCAGAGCUGACUGGGCAACUGAUCCCUAGCGGACUGUGGGAGUCAGAAGGAAGUGAGCUGAGCUCCUGCAGUGAGUCGUUGGCAUGGGGGUAGACGAAGAGAAUUAUUAUGGCAAACACGGGACGCCACAGAAAUAUGACCCAACAUUCAAAGGUCCCAUUCAUGACAGGGGCUGCACUGACAUCAUCUGCUGUAUCCUCCUCCUCAUCGCCAUCCUUGGCUAUGUCAUUGUGGGAGUCGUAGCAUGGACACAUGGUGACCCCCGGAAGGUGAUAUACCCCACAGACAGUCGCGGGCAGUUCUGUGGCCAGCUGGGAACUCCCAAUGAGAACAAGCCUUUCCUGUUUUACUUCAACAUCAUGAAGUGCGCCAGCCCCUUGGUACUGCUGGAGUUCCAGUGUCCGACCAAACAGAUUUGUGUGAAUAAGUGCCCAGACCGGUAUCUCACGUACCUGAAAGUCAGGACACAGCUCACCAAAGACUUUGAAUACUACAAGCAGUUCUGCGUCCCAGAAUUUAACAAUCAGCAGAAGAGCGUCCCGGAAGUGCUGAGGGAUGGAGACUGUCCGGCCAUGAUCACUCCCAGCAAACCUUUGGCACGCAGGUGUUUACCAGCAAUCAACACCAAGAAAGGGGUCAUCAUGGUUGGGAACGAGACGACCUUUGAUGAUGGAUGGGGACAAACAAAAAGGAACGUGACAGAGCUGGUGGAAGGGGCCAAAAAAGCAAACGUGGUUCUGGAAGCAAGACAACUGGCCAUGAAGAUCUUUGAAGAUUACACAGUUUCCUGGUACUGGAUAAUAAUAGGUCUAGUGAUUGCCUUGGUGAUCAGCUUCAUCUUCAUUGUCCUGCUUCGCUUCCUUGCUGGGAUCAUGAUCUGGGUUAUGAUUGUGCUGGUGAUCUUGGUGCUUGGAUAUGGAAUCUUCCACUGUUACAUGGAAUACGCCCGACUAAAAGGAGAAGCAGGCUCUGAUGUCUCCCUGAAGGACCUGGGAUUCCAGACUGAUCUGCAUGUCUAUCUCCACCUGAAGCAAACGUGGUUGGCCUUCAUGAUUAUCCUGUGCAUCAUAGAGGUGAUCAUCAUCCUGUUACUCAUCUUCCUCCGCAAGAGGAUCCUUAUUGCCAUUGCGCUCAUCAAGGAAGCCAGCAGGGCUGUUGGUCAUAUCAUGAUGUCGCUGGUGUUUCCUCUGUGCACCUUCUUCCUGGUGUGUCUCUGCAUUGCUUACUGGGCCAGCACCGCUGUUUUUUUAUCUACUUCUAAUGAGGCUGUCUACAAGGUGUUUAACGAGUCUAACUGUGAUUACGCUGGGCAGACCUGCAUACCAGAGACAUUCAAUAUGACCAACAUCACCAAGCAGUGCCCAGAUGCCCGCUGCCUCUUUGCUUUCUAUGGGGGCGAGACAGCCUACCAUAAAUACCUCAUCGUCUUCCAGAUCUAUAAUGCCUUUAUGUUCUUCUGGCUGGCCAACUUUGUGAUUGCGCUGGGCCAGGUCACGCUAGCCGGAGCCUUUGCUUCCUACUAUUGGGCCUUCAAGAAACCUGAUGACAUGCCGGCUUUUCCCCUCUUCUCUUCCUUCGGCCGGGCACUCAGGUAUCACACUGGCUCAUUGGCCUUUGGGUCUCUGAUUCUUGCCAUUGUCCAGAUCAUCAGGGUCCUUCUGGAGUAUCUGGAUCACAGGCUGAAAGCUGCUGAGAAUAAGUUUGCCAAGUUCCUGCUGACCUGUCUCAAAUGCUGCUUCUGGUGCCUGGAAAAAUUUAUCAAGUUCCUGAACAGGAACGCAUACAUCAUGAUUGCCAUCUAUGGCACCAACUUCUGCACUUCAGCCAAGAAUGCGUUCUUCCUACUCAUGAGGAACAUUAUCAGGGUGGCUGUUUUAGAUAAAGUCACAGAUUUUCUGCUCUUCCUUGGUAAACUCCUCAUCGUGGGAAGUGUUGGAAUCCUUGCCUUUUUCUUCUUCACUCAGCGGAUAAAACUGGUUCAGGACACUGCACCUCCUCUCAAUUACUAUUGGGUCCCUAUUCUGACUGUGAUUGUGGGCUCCUAUCUCAUUGCACAUGGAUUCUUCAGCGUCUAUGCCAUGUGUGUGGAUACCCUCUUCCUCUGCUUCUUGGAAGACCUGGAGCGUAACGAUGGUUCAUCCGAAAAGCCUUACUUCAUGUCAUCUGACCUGAAAAAACUUCUGAACAAGACAAACAAAGGUCACUCGGAUGCAUAGCAGCUUCCUCUUUACUCACUGCCCUCUUCACUUCUAUUUGUCCCUUCCCCGUUUCUAUUUCAGGAGCAAAUAAUAAUAUGCAGCAUUAAGUGCUAUUAGUCCAAUAUGCAAACCUUGUUAGUACUUUGUGAACUGCAGUAUCCUUUACUCAAAUUAAGAUGGACGGCUUUGGCUGUCAGCCUGUGCAUUGGCCACAAGCUUGUCCAGAGCAGUGGAAAUUGUUUCUGGAGAGCAUUUUGCAGGAUUUUCCUUCCUCAGAUAGAGAGAAGGAAUUAGUGUCAAUAGUUCUACUUAAGAUUGUUAGGCAUUGCUAAGUAAAAACUGAGCCCACUGCCUUAGUGGACAGGUAUCCACUACUGCAGAACCCAGCGCUACUGGGACCUUGUUGGUCUCAGGAGAGAAUCGAAGAAAUGAAUUGGUCAGUUUUCAGCUGAGGCCCACUGAUGUAAGGUUAACUUGCCCUGCCUUUGUCCAUCUCCAUCUAUUCCAGAGACUGAAUUCAGUCUACAGGAUUGUAAAGCCAGCACCAAUCACAGAUUCACAGACACCAAAUUGAAUUUUAAAAUAAAACUACUAAAUCUGUCACACCAGUAAAGCUAGACCAUUACCUCCUCCAUUAGCUCGCUAGAACAUCACUAACAUACUUGACUGCACUCAGAUACUACCAUGUUGGACACAUUAAAUACCUUCAUUGAUUGAGGAACGCACCUAUUAAUGCCUUGUCUUCAUGGAUGAUGGCAGGGACAGAAGAGAAACCUGCAAUGUUAAUCAAGCUGUAGAACUUGAACAGCAGAGGAAAUGCAAAAUACUCAGAUAAGCACUGGUAGGGAAUGUGCAUGUCUGGAUAGUCAUUAGUAUUACUGAUGAAAGCUCUAUGUCAUUUGUUUUGUCUCUUCAGUGAGAUUGACAGUCCAGGAGUGUGCUGCUUCUGUACCUUUAACAUGUUUUGAUUUAUUGGAAAAAUCCAGCAUUAUAUGCAAAAACCCAUUUGAAUGCAUGGGAAAGAAAGGAUGCUCAUUGUUGCUUUAUAUAUAUGUGUAUAUAUAUAUAUACAUAAAAAGAGCUGGCUAAUGGAAAAGUAUUGUUAACUGUGGUGAAACAAACCAAAGGGUCAAACAAACAAACUUGCCUCACAGUUUUGAAAGCCACCAUCUGAUGGGGGAGCCUGCUGGGAAGUUCCAGUCCAAGGGCAGCUUUCACCUAGAGAAACACCAGCAAUGUGUGUGAGAGAAAAAGCGAGACUAGAAUGCCACUGAACAUCAGAAAGCCCAGUGUUGCAAAUUAAGUUAUCAGGCAUGUUAAGAAUCACUGUAGUUUCCUUUAAAUGGUCAUCUCUCUGACUGUGUCCAAUGUUGGCAAAACUGAUAAUGUACCACAGGUGCAACUCUGCCUCCGGUAGCAACAGUAAAAGCUGCAGAGCAGACAGGACUCAGUUUUUUUUUUUUUUUUUUUACCAGUGAGCAGGGUUGGCCAGGAUGGUGGGGAAAAAGGACAGGCCUCAGGCUGCACUAGAGCAUCCACCCUUGCUACCACUAUUUGUGAAUUACUCUAUUUUCACUAAUGUAGAUGGGGCCCUCUUGGGGAUAGGAAAGGUGGUCAACCUCAUGACUUCAUUUAUUAUUUUUAAUCUGCUUAAACAACUUGAAAUGGGGCUAUUUGGAUGGUUUACAGCUUCCAAAUAAUGCAGGAACACAGAGGUGUAAAGAGGCAUUGUGAGGUUAUCUGGACUCUUUAUUUUUUUAAACAAAAAGGAACUCUUUAUUCCAAAUAUGUUAAUUUGGCCAGUUAAUUUGUAGCAUUUAAUUUGUGCUAAAGGUUAUAUUUUACUUUUUUUAUACCUAUUUCUAGUAACCUUUUGAGCCUGUAGUAUUUUUUGUAAGAUAUGAGAAUUGUUUUAUUAUCUGAAAUAUUAAAGGGUUUUUUGGUUUUGUACAUUUUUGUUUUUAUUAGUUGUACCCACGAGUUCCAGUAUUGUUAUUGGUCAACGUUGCUUCUUUCGUUCAACAGAGGUCUUAGGUACUGGUACAGCCCCUUAGCCAUAAAGUCACAUGAGCCUGGAGCACAGCAUAGAUGUGCAGCAUUACAGCUGUAAAUUUGUGAUGGAUUUUUAAAAUAUAUAUGUAUAAAAUCUUUUGUUAAGUUUUCUUUCUCUCCAACUGAUUAUCAGCUUUGCACGUUUGAAAGGUUGGUGUUUAUAAUGAAAACCAGUUACUUUGGACAUUUUGCUUUGGUUUUAAAUAAGCAAAUAAAAAUGACCAAGUUGUUGAGUUUGCAGAGGCAGCUCUAGCUACUCUUCUAAACCACUCUCCAAUGGAAAAGACUCACAUGCUUUUGCAAUGUUGCUGUUCAUUUAAUACUUAGAACUUUACAAGUUCAAAACACUUGUCAAAUGCAUUAAUCCUCCCAAAGUCCUGUUAGGCAGGUAUUAUCCCUACUUUAUCAUUGGGGAAACUGUGGCAGAGAUGUGCUGUGACCUUGCCCAAAGCUUCCACUGGGAGUUGGUAUCAGAACUUUGGACUGGAACUUAGGAGUUUCAUAUUCCUAGAACUGUCUUUUGGACCACUGGGUCUCAGAAGCAGCAUCUAUAUUAGGAAGCUGAUCUGUUGCUGACAAUAGCAGGGGGUAACCAGUCCCCUUGAAUUGGUGAGGGAAAAGCUCUGCUAGUGUAGAUAGGACAAAUUAUUCUUCAACACUGUGAUAUAAGAAAAUAUGACUGAGACUUGCCAGAUCGCUGACCAAAAAACCAAAACGGCCCCAAAACAAACCAUACCAAAACACUGUACUGCACCCAUUGCUCUCCCUCCGCGGAGAGGUUGAGAGAAAUAAGUAAUAUCUGUUAUAUGUGAUUUGUUCUGUCACUUAACUCACUACUGGAAGAUGCUCAGAUGCUACAGGGAUGAGGGCGCAGUAUAAGAACCUAUAUCGAAUAGGAAAAAAAAACCCACCUGAGCUUGGUAAGCAGGAGUUGCCUCAUCAAUGACUCAUUGGCUAAACUUCACCUCUUUGAAAAAACUACAGCCUGUUACAUAGAUAAUCUGUGUGCUGUGGAGUCUCCAAACCUGGCAUCAUCUACCUGUGCCUGACAGCUAGUAAUCCCUUCCAUGGGGCUAUAUAUACCAAAAAUGUCCACAGAAACUACUUUAAAGGAUUUCUUACUCUACCCUUACAUAAACUCCUGGUGAUUCCUUUAGAAUCCCCAUCCCAUUUUAAAAUAUAACCCUGUCCGAACUUUGUAUGUCCUGUUACGCAUCACAUAUUUACAGUGCCACUUUUUUUAAACUAAUCAUAAAGGUAGGGUGACCAACUGCAUUUCUAGGAAAUAAAAACCAGCUUUUCCCCUAUUUCAUCCCCAAUUUUUUAUUCGUGUCACAAAAUCCUAGACUUAUAGUGCAUGAUCCUUUGCAUGAUUAUUACCUGAUCAAAUGCUACUUACCAGAGAUGGGCUGUGGGAUAGUAAGCACCAGAUACGGGAUGUUCAAAAGGACAGAUGGUCACCUAGGUAAGGGGGCGGGAGUGGUUACAGAAACAAAACUACAGAUUUGAUUUACUGGCAUCUAAUGGAAAAUGUUCGCAAAAUGUUUUGUGCAAGAUUAUUCUGCUCAUCUAUUGCUCUUUUUCAUCUCUUCCACAGUCUUUUGUUUUGUUUUUACUGCUAGGGAUAUUUGCACAAGGACAGGCUCUGUGGGUGGUCUAUUUCUGCUGCUUGUUUCUCCAGCUCAACUGCUAAUUAUCUUUCUAAUAGAAUCAUUUUGGUUGCUGUAGAAAUAAAGUUCUAAAAUAGCAGGUGCCCAGAAGGACCAACAGCAAAGGGGGUUUCAGGGCCUUUCUGUUAUUAGGAUAUUUUUCUCAUAAGAUGGCUCAUUUUAAGUCACUAUGGAAAGAUUUGUAUUUUCAGGCAUACAAGAGUUGAUGAGGAAGCAUAGUUCCCGCAGAAACCAUUGCUUUGGCUUGGGAUGUAUUCUGCAGACUCAGUUGUAGUAUAAGAAACUAUGGAAUUUAAGGAACAGGAUGGGGAGGAAGUCCUAGUUAAAUACCCUAACGGAAUUCAGAUUGAAUACCAGAAACCAGCCCUCUCUCUGCCUUCAUAGUCUUGAUAUAAUUGUAAUGUAGCCUCUUCCCCCUUUUUAAAGAUGACAACUACACCCACACUGUACUAUAAUGAACAUGCUUCUUUAUUUAUCCUGGUGAAGUAGAUAAACAUUGGCGGGGCCCUGCCUUCUGCAGCAAAGGGACAUAUCUUUUAUUAAGGAGCUGUUCAGAAUAUUAAUGUUGUUGCCAUAUCACUCAGACUGGAAAGACAGUCUAGUACAUUUACACAUGCACACUGCGUGGCGGGAUGCUAAUGCCCCAAAAUGAACUCCAGUGAUUGAUUGUUAUGCUGUGACUUGGUGAUUCUCUCUAUCUCCUUAUGGAAGCCUGUUUCUGUUACUCAAUUGACUGUGUGAUUAGAAGCUUUUUUCUCUACCUACCUGAGCUGCAUCUUAAAGCCAUAACUGCUUAUCUUACCUUUAAGAACAACUGUCUCCGACUGCCUUUAAAAUACCCCUUUAUGUCCCUGUAAACCACUCAUGUUCCAUUUCCUUCCCUGGAUCCUUCAGGGCUGAUCCUGCAAUGGUAUUUUGCCUGUACAAAGACUGCAGGAUUGGCCCUUCUAUGUUGUUGUGAUAACUGUCCCUUCCUUUGAUUUCCCAAAGAUGCUCACUCUACGCAGGGAGGCCUUUUAUGCAAAAUAAAAUAAAAACCAACAACCUUGAGUGGGGAUGUAUGUGUAUAUUUCCAAUGUAUAUGUGAUAUUCCAUUAUAUCAAUGUCAGCAUUCCAACCACAAAUAAAGUGCCUACUUGGACUGAA